ACACACACUCUCAUAGAAACACACAUACAGCUCAGUAGGAUCUAACCAGCUGUUUCCAGGAGCAUCUCCUGCAGCCUGAGCCGUCUCUGGAUGUUUGGACUUGAUGUUUCUGCACAUGGAGGCAUCUAAAGUGUCUUUUGCUUCAGGAUUUAUUCUUUAACCUGUAGGACUUGGGACUUGGACUUGCUGUGUUUCUUUUUUUUCGUGAAACACUGACUCUGGAUUCUGCAGGGGCAAAGUCUAAGCUUCUUUUUUAACCUGUAGGAUCAUGUUGUGCACCUGCUGUUUUUAGCAUGACUGCUGUCAACAGUUUGGACUGUGUGUGAGAGCCAGCUAGAGUCUCUGCCUGUGUGUUUGUGUGGAUGUGUGUGCAUCAGGAUGAGUGUUCCCAUGUUAAAGAUUGGCGCGGUGCUCAGCACCAUGGCUAUGGUCACUAACUGGAUGUCCCAGACUCUGCCGUCGCUGGUCGGACUCAAUGGGACCAUCAUAUCCCCUGAUGGCACACAUGAGCGGAUCGUCAGCGGUUUGUACCCGGGCUCAGAGGAGGGCUGGCAGGUGUACAGCACGGCUUCGGAUCCUGACGGCAGGUGUGUUUGCACGGUGGUCGCCCCGGCACGAAACCUCUGCAAACGAGACCCUCGGAGUCGACAGCUACGCCUGCUGACUGAACAGGUUCAAAAUGUGAGUCAGUCCAUGGAGGUGGUGGACCUGCGGACAUCCAGAGACCUGCAGUACGUCCGAGACUCCGAGCCGCUGCUGAGAGGAGUGGAUGGACGUCUCCACUCUUAUGUUGCCAACCCUCGCACUCUGACGGCCAAGGGCCUGCAGGAGUUAAAGGGCCAGAUGUCGCAGCUGCGCCCCCUCCUGUCAGUGGUGGACCAGUACAGACUGGACCUGCAGACACUGGCCACUCUACGAAUGGAGCUCCUCAACCUGUCAAUCAUGCUGGCAUCCAUUCAGGAAGAAGUUGGAGCAUACGAUUAUGAGGAGCUACAGCAGAGGGUUUUACUGCUGGAGACCAGGCUACACAGCUGCAUGAACAAACUGGGUUGUGGUCGUCUGACUUCAGUGAGCACCCCGAUCACUGUGAGAGCCUCAGGGUCCCGCUUUGGCUCCUGGAUGACGGAUGCCAUGAUUCCCAGCUCUGACAGCCGGGUGUGGACGAUGGACGGCUACUACAAAGGCAGACGAGUGUUGGAGUACAGGACCAUGGGAGAUUUCACAAAGGGCCAGAACUUUGUGCAGCACCUGUUGCCCCACCCCUGGGCGGGAACCGGCCAUGUGGUCUACAACGGCUCCCUGUACUACAACAAACACCAGAGCAACAUCCUGGUUCAGUACCAUUUCCGCUCUCGUAGCGUGCUGCUGCAGCGAAGCCUGAGUGGAGCCGGGUAUAACAACACGUUCCCCUACAGCUGGGGAGGAUCGUCUGACAUCGACCUCAUGGCUGAUGAGAUGGGACUGUGGGCCGUAUACACCUCCAUCCCCAACGCUGGAAACAUAAUGGUGAGUCGUCUGGACCCUCGCUCUCUGGACGUCCUGCAGAGCUGGGACACGGGGUUUCCUAAGCGUAGUGCAGGGGAGGCCUUCAUGAUCUGCGGCACUCUUUACGUCACUAACUCCCACCUCGCCGGGGCCAAAGUCCACUUUGCCUACAACACCAACACGUCCACGUACGAGUACACCGACAUCCCAUUCCACAACCAGUACUCCCACAUCAGCAUGAUGGACUACAACCCCCGAGAGCGAGCGCUGUACACCUGGAACAACGGACACCAGGUGCUCUACAACGUCACACUGUUUCACGUCAUCCGGAGCGACGGGUAGAUCGACACAAGAGAGAAGGGGAAAGGGAAGGCAUCAAAGUAAGGAUGAGGAGAUUUGAAUUUACAACGCACACAAAAAUGUCCAUUCACUGCAACAGGAAAACAAAAACUGUUAUCUGAGUUUUACUGACUUCUAGACUGUGAAGCUCACCGAGCAAAUAACUAGACACAAAACACAGUUUAGGAAGUUUGAGUUUGUCCAUUUCUGUUAUGUUUCAUUCCACUUGUGUUUCAAGAGGUGAUUUUGGAAGUUUGAGGUUGAAUUGUUAAAAAAUAAAUAAAUAAGAAUAAUGCAGCUCAUGAACUGAAUAAGAACUUGCUGAAAUCCUCAAGCGUUGACGGAAGACCUGACGGGAAGGUUCUGGGUUUGUGAUGUGAUCGUGGACGUGUUAAGUCAGCAUGGUUGUUCAUUCAAUAAAACAUUACUGUCAAACUUUA